AUGAUUAAAACGAAAUCGGCUCAAGAUGAUGAAGCACGAAUGUUUGCAAAGUUCAAGGAGAUGCUAGAUACUCUCCAGGUAAGUAUCUCGUUCCAUGAAAUUUUUGAACUAAUGCCUAAGUUUACUAAAUUUAUAAAAGCAUUACUAAAGAGGACGAAAGAAAAAAUGGUCAAGAAACAUGUAAGCAUGACCGAAAAAGAUGAUGUGGUAAUAACUCAAUCCUUGCCACCAAAAUUAAAAGACCCAGGUAAGUUUACUAUUUCUUAUAAUAUCAGUGGAGUGAAUAUUCUGCAUGCUCUAUGUGAUCUUGUAUCUAGCAUAAAUGUUAUGCCACUGAAAAUGGUUAAAGAAUUGAAAGUGGGUGAGACCACACCAAGUACGAUGACUCUCACUCUAACUGACUCAUUUUUUACUCAACCAAUUUAUAUGUUAUGUGACAUGUUACAACAUGUUGACGAAUUAGUGUUUCAUACAGACUUUGUAGUGCUUGAUACAAAACGAGAUUCAGGACGAUCUGUUAUUCUCAGACGACCAUUCUUGGCAACUGGGAAUGCAAAGAUUGAUAUAAAAAUGGGUGAACUUAUCUUGAAGUUCAAUAAAGAGAAAGUGGUUUUCAAGGUGUAUGAUUGGACACCGUAUAUGGAGAAUUUGGAUACUUUCUACCAUCUGGAAGAAAAAGGUAGGAAAUUAAACAAAGGAAUAAGAAGAAGUGAAGUGACCGGGGUGAGGGUAUCUCUUGCGCCUGACGUGCCUUAG